GGAGCGCGCCGCUACCCGCACCUUAGUGCCCGAUUUCGGACAUUAUGCGGCGUUCCCGGGAAUGCGCACACCUAACCACCGACAGAAAUCGGUGCCGGUUAACGAAAGGCAUCCGAGAGGAGCGUCUUCGUUUCUCCCUGGGUCAUAUUUAAGCUUUUAACUACACACGGAUCAACGGCUCAGCAUCCAGCAGUUCGGCGGCUGGCUGGCGGUACGGAGAUCAGAUGCAGCCGCAGAUGCGCCCGUCGCCCUGAUUUGCUGAGCGUUAAUGCUCUUGCUUUGGGCAGAGUUGGAGAUUGGUGGUUACAGGCAGGGAAACGCCGCAGCCCCGAUGCGGCUGCCCUUGCCCUGGAUGCAUCCUUGUGCUUAGGACUAGCGACGUGCGUUUAGCUGCAGUUAUUCUACACGUUUACGUUAGCCGGUGAUUAGUAGAUAGAUGUAUUGACUCCGUUUACACCUCCUUUUUUCUGUUCAUUCUUCUAGCUGUUGGAAACCGGCGACAGAAUCGGCGGUCACAUAGGAAUUGCCGCCUUGCUCCGUGUGCUGGACCAGUCAUUAAGCAAGCCAUACACGGUGUGCCGGCUCCACGACAAGCCGGACUGAAUAAAAAGGAGCCAGGUUCUGUACAUAUCUAAAGAUAGAAUAUAAAUAUUCGUCGCAUUUUAUCACCAUUGGCAUAGGUGAGACAAUUAAAUUAUAGUCAAAAUGUUCGGUUUCCGAUAGCUGCCCCACCAUUUCAUUAAACGCUUGUCCUCCGCACGGUUUCUUUCAACCCGGCGCAAACGGUGCGUAGGUAAAGGGGCGGCUGCUGUCGUUAUGCGGUGUGCAGACCACGGCUGAAUUCGACCAGGCCCUCCCUAGUAAUGCAGGAAGGCUCGUUUUGUAUCAUUUAAAAUAAGAGACGCAUCUGGGGAGCCGCUGUCGAGCGGUGGUGGUGGCGGCUGGCAGCCGGACGUCGAGGAUUCCGAUCGCUUAGUCGCGCUGCGGUUUGGCCCCAGAUCGCAUCUCCGAUUGCAGACGGAGGAAGAAAAGCAGCGUAAAGCAAAAGGACAGAACAUCCCCGUUCACCCACUGGAAGCAAAACGACACGACAUUCCUAUCGGCUCACUGGGACUGAUUCCCCCGAAAUCCCAUCCCUGCUGCUGAUGUACGCUACGGUUUGACUUAGCCGCAAAGAUGAUGCCGAUGAUCCUGACGGUGUACCUCAGUAAGGGUGAGCAGGCUGUGGCGGAGGUGCCCGUCACACCAGAAACGACCUGCCGGGACGUUGUGGAUGUCUGCCGGGCCCCCGGCGAGGGCAGCUGCCACCUGGCCGAGGUCUGGAGGGGCAACGAGAGAGCCAUCCCAUCUGAACACCUGAUGUAUGAGCACCUGCAGAAGUGGGGGGCCCGGAGGUCAGAGGUCAAGUUCUUCCUGCGGCACGUAGACUCGCCUGCGGAGACUGGCAGCCAGGGAAACCAGCCGUCCCAGGAGCAGGCCAACCGUAGGAACGCGGGGAACCCGGACAAGAGCUGCGAGAACGGGGAGCAGCGUCUGCGGUACCUGAAGCAGCAGGAGCGCAAACAGCAGUCGCAGUCAUCGCAGCCGGCAGCUCAGACGGAAAGCGAGAAGCUGCAGCGCUUGAAGGAGCGCGUGGACAGCCAGGAGGCCAAGCUGCGGAAGAUCCGUGCCAUGCGGGGCCAAGUGGACUGCAGCAAGAGCCUCAACGGGUCCCUGUCGGCGGAGAUGGAGCACAUCAACGGCAUGUUCCUGGAGAAGCAGCAGGAGCUGCAGUCGGCCGUGCUGAAGGUGGAGCAGCUGACGCAGCAGCUGGAGGAGCUGCGCAGGGCCAAGCUGGGUGGUCAGGUGCCCGGGACGGCUGCGCUGGAGCUGCGCAGGCUCUACCAGGAGCUGCAGAUCCGCAGCAAGCUGAACCAGGAGCAGAGCAGCCGCUUGCAGCAGCACAAGGACUUGCUGAACAAGCGCAACCUGGAGGUGGCGCUCAUGGACAAGCGCAUCAGUGAGCUGCGGGAGCGCCUGCACAGGAAGAAGGCGGAGGCGCCCCAAAAAGGGGACGUCCCGGCGGUGAUUGGUGGCCCUGGGAGGGUGGCGACCGUGGGGCCCUUCAUCCAGGUCCCCGUGUCGGAGCCCGUCAAGCCGCUGCCCUCAGCUGCUAACCCCACGGUGGGCCAUGCGCGCCCCAAGGCAGCCGGUGACCCAGGCUGGCCGCCCCUCAAGCCCCCGGACUACAAGGAUGUCGCUGCGGAUGCGGCUUUGAAGAGCCGGCCCCCGCCGCCCCCGCCGAUGCCCCCCGCAGACCGGGAGGCCAGCACGGUGGGCUCGGGCCCUGCUCCCGGCCCCGCUCACGCCAAGCCCCUGCCCCCCCCAUACGGCAGCCACUGUGCUGCAGCGCGGCUCUGUACGGCAGGCUCUGCCGGCUCACUGGAGCGGCCCAAAGAGCCGCCCCCACGCCCGCCCUGGCCACGCCCGCCCCCACCGCCUGGCUCCUCCUCGCAGCAGAUCCAGCAGCGCAUCUCGGUGCCGCCCAGCCCGGUACCCCCACCGGAGCGGCCCGAACCCCCACCGCUGCCUCCAGCUGCCGCCGUGCGCCCCUUUGCGCCAGACAAGGCAGCGCGGCCACAGUCUCCCCGCCGGGCCCCGCCCACAGUGAAUUCCAGCUCCAUCUAUCACAUGUAUCUGCAGCAGGCGGCGCCCAAGGCUGGCAGCAAGCCGGCUGCCAAAGCAGUGUACGGGAAGCCUCUGUUGCCUCCUGGCUCCCUGCCGUCCUCCCCGCUGCUCUACACCAGGGGCGUUCCGGCGCCCAGGGGCCCGGUGGGGGGUGAGUCCGAUGCUGAGAGCAGCCCAGCGGAGAGCCUGCCCCGGCCGCUGAGCCCCAGCAAGCUGACGCCGGUGGCGCACUCCCCACUGCGCUACCAGAGUGAGGGCGAGCUGGAGGCACUGCGCCGGCGGCUGGCCAAUGCACCGCGGCCCCUCAAGAAGCGCAGCUCCAUCACGGAGCCCGAGGGCCCCGGGGGGCCCAACAUCCAGAAACUGCUGUACCAGCGCUUCAACACGCUGGCGGGUGGCAUUGAGGGUGGGGCCACGUUCUACCAGCCCACCGUCCCCACAGGGCUUCUAGCCGACGCUGACAACGGCAACCUGCCCGACCCCCCCGGCCCCGCCCCAGGCUCGGGCCAGCCGCCGCCCCCCCCAUCGUCCGAUGCCAACGACAACCGCCCGCCGGCACCCUCUUCUGAUGACCCGGCCGGCCGCACCUCCGAGGACAGCAACAACAACCCGGCAGGCCCGACGGACGCCCUGGGCACGGCAGCAGAGAGCAGCCCGCUGGAGGAGGCCGGCGCGGGGCGGCUGGCGGAGAAACGUACCAACCUGAAGAAGCCAGACUCGCAGCGGACGGGCCGUGGCCUGCGCGUGCAGUUCAACCCGCUGGCCCUGCUGCUGGACGCCUCGCUGGAGGGCGAGUUUGACCUGGUACAGAGGAUCAUCUACGAGGUGGAGAACCCCAGCAAGCCGAACGACGAGGGCAUCACGCCCCUGCACAACGCCGUCUGCGCCGGUCACCACCACAUCGUCAAGUUCCUGCUAGACUUCGGCGUCAACGUCAAUGCCGCCGACAGCGACGGCUGGACGCCACUGCACUGCGCCGCCUCCUGCAACAGCGUGCAGCUCUGCAAGCUGCUGGUGGAGUCGGGGGCCGCGGUCUUCGCCACCACCAUCAGCGACGUGGAGACAGCCGCCGACAAGUGCGAAGAGAUGGAGGACGGCUACCUUCAAUGCUCACAGUUCCUCUACGGCGUGCAGGAGAAGCUGGGAGUGAUGAAUAAGGGGGCAGUGUACGCACUGUGGGACUACGAGGCUCAGAGCGCUGACGAGCUCUCAUUCCGCGAGGGCGAUGCCAUCACCAUCCUGCGGCGCAAAGACGACAGUGAGACGCAGUGGUGGUGGGCGCGGCUGAAGGACAAGGAGGGCUAUGUGCCCCGCAACCUUCUGGGGCUGUACCCCAGGAUAAAGCCUCGACAACGGUCUUUGGCGUGAGGCCCUGUUGGCACUCACCUUCUCCUGGAGAAAGACUGGAAUGCUGGGUACUGCCUGUGCCCUGUUCCUGCCCUGACCGUGCCCUACUCCUGCCCUGACUGUUCUCUGACAAUGCCCUCACCGUGUGCUGACUGUUCCUUGACCGUGCCCCGGUCUUGCCCUCACCGUGCUGAGACCCUGUCCUGACCAUGCCCUGUUCCUGCCCUGACCAUGCCCUGAUCGUGCCCUGACCGUUCCCUAACCGUGCCCUGUUCCUGCCCUGACCGUUCCCUAAUCGUGCCCUGUUCCUGCCCUGACCGUGCCCUGUUCCUGCCCUGACCGUGCCCUAGACCUGCCCUGACCAUGCCCUGACCAUGCCCUGAUCGUGCCCUGACCGUUCCCUGACCAUGCCCUGUUCCUGCCCUGACCGUUCCCUAAUCGUGCCCUGUUCCUGCCCUGACCAUACCCUAGGCCUGCCCUGACCAUGCCCUGUUCCUGCCCUGACCGUGCCCUGGUCUUCCC